GGCGGCGGCCGGCCGAAGAGACGACGUUGCGCGCGUUGGAGGCGUUGCAGGGGAAUGGUGCGCCGGCACGACUCCACCAAGAGCGCCAAGUACGCGACGCGGCUAUGCGCUAAGUGGCGGCCGUUGCGCGCCGCGCGGUCAGUGUGUGUGUGAGUGUGUGUCCGUGUGACUCCGACCAGUGGACUAUCGGGGCUGCCGCCAGCUGCCGCCCUGCCCGCGGACAGCGCGACCGGCCAGACCAUGCGGGCGCUGCUGCUGCUACCGCCGCUGCUGCUCCUGCUCGCGCAGGGCGUCCGCGGCCAUGGCAGGCUGAUUGAGCCGCCGUCCAGGUCGUCCAUGUGGAGGUACGGCUUCGAGACGCCGCCCGACUACAACGACCACGAGCUGUACUGCGGCGGCUUCAGCAGGCAGUGGCAGCGCAACAAGGGCCGGUGCGGCGUCUGCGGCGACCCGUGGGACACGCCCCAGCCGCGACUCCACGAGGCGGGCGGCAAGUACGGCACCGGCACGCUGGUCCGCAAGUACCUGACCGGCACCGCCAUCACCAUCCGCAUCGAGCUGACCGCCAACCACCGCGGCUACUUCGAGUUCCGCCUGUGCCCCGUCAACGACGCCAAGCAGGACGCCACGCAGGAGUGCCUGGACAGACACGUGCUGCAGCGGGCCGAGCGCAGCCGCGAUGGCGAGGCCGAGGCCCACGAGAGCCGCCUGUACCCGGGGCCGGGCAACAAGGUGUUCCCCUCCAAGUACCGCCUGCCGGCCGGGCUGACGUGCAAGCACUGCGUGCUGCAGUGGCGCUACAUCGCGGGCAACAACUGGGGCAUGUGCCCCAACGGCACGGGCGCGGUGGGCUGCGGCCCGCAAGAGGAGUUCCGCGCGUGCGCCGACGUGGCCAUCGUGGACUCGGCCGGCGAGGCGGACGGCACGCCGCUGGCGCCCCAAGACGAGGACGUCCCCGAGGACGUGCCCGCGGACGCCACCCCGGCGCCGGCAGGCCGCCACAGCAGCUACGGCCUGUUCGUGCUGCUCAUCGUGCUGUGCACCCUGGCGGCCUCGGCCACCGUGCUGUCCCUCGUCUACCUCUACUUCUACCACGCGGGCGACCGCGUCAAGAGCUGGCUGGCGGCGCGCCGACGCAACGCGCGCCACGCCAAGGGAGCGGUCGGCGUCUCCAACGGCACCACGGCGUCGUCGACGCUUCCACCGGGACCCCCCGCGCCGCCGCCCAGGCACAAGCGGCCCAGCAGCACCAUGGGCGCCACCAUCGUGUGCUGAGCAAGACGCCGACGCCGCGCGCCGCGCCCCGCUGCACAGUGCACAGGCCUGGCACACUGGCACAGGCCGCACCCCCUUCGACUCGGAUGGACUUAUAGCAUUCGAGCUCACAGUGGACUGUGACCACCGCCGAAACGACGAGUGAUGUGCUGAUUUUUUUUGCCUGAUGACUUUGGUGCAAAUUCGCCGCGGUCUGUCCUGACCUUGGAAGCGAGUGGACCGUCUUCCCCUCUUCCCUUUUUUUUACCCGCUCAUUGCCAUUUUGAUCUCACGGCAGGGCUAAUGUUCUUUAUUUCUCUUCGUGUCGAGUGGAAUAAGUUGUAUAUUCAGUGUACUUGCAAGCAGUCGUUCUUAUAGUUUAACUGAGAACAGUAUACCGUCCUAUUUAGUCCUUGCAUUUCUUCCAGUGUUUGUGGACUACAUGUGAUAUCCGGCCAAUUAUUAAAACCUGAACCCAAAAUAUUUUUAGCUGAUACUCAGGGUUUACUCAAUGAAGACUGUUGCCAAGAUGAAAGAAGCCAUUUCAUUGAUGAUUUUGCUCUAUCUUGUAAUUUAUGAUAGAAUAAACUAUUUUUUUGUCUAUUCG